CAGACGCGUUCCCGGACCUCUUCUGGGCCGCAGUAUCCAGUCCCACAGUCGCCAUCUCGUGUCUCCAUUGCCAUAUGUGCGCGCCGGCUCACCGCCUAUUCUUAUGAUAUGCCAGCUCGUUGCGCGCUCGGAAUGCGUCCCACGUCGCACCGCACCGAAUCCCGAUUCCCAUCGCUCCCUGGUUGUCAUUGACCGGUCCUAGGCUUUUGGGGGGGCUGCACCAUGCGUGUUUCUCGGGUCGGCAUUAGCAGGCAAUGCAGGCAUGGCGGGCCAUACACGCAAUCAGGCAUCGGCAUCGAGACCCUCCAACCCAAGAAUACACGCACCCUCAAAGCCAUUUUUGCGGCCUGCCCAAAUUGACAGCCCACCCCAAUCAGCCCCGCACGCCCAAUUUUCGCGUGCCGGUGCCCCGGGCCGGGCAUACGACGCUUCUUCACCUGAUGAUCGCUACUCUGAAAUUUUCGGUCAGAUUUCGAAGGAGGAAAAAUUCCGUAUUAUGCAUAACUUGCCGGUCCAUCCAAAAGCUCAAGCUCGGGCUCGCCGCUUGACGCGUAACGUUCGAAAAUGCCGUGCCGGCAACGGUGACGUAAAGAGCCGCGAUCAGCGUGCAGGAUACGCACGGGGUGCGGCUGGCAGGAGGAGCCGGGACGGAGUGCGACGCGCACCCCCUUCGCCAGAUGUCGCGCCCCGGAUUGUCAGGCGUCCGCAUCGCUUCUGGGCUCGGUGAGGUCGCUUGGCAUGCAUGCUCCCCACCGCCCAGUCGAGAACAUAUCUCGUUGGGUGUGCGUUCGGCCGGCGACAGCAGGGGCUCGCUUCCCGCCGCCCAGGCGAGCCGCGGCUUU